AUGGCUUCAGCACCUUACCUUGCAAUAAAAACCAUGAGACAGCUUGCUAAAGAUGAAAAUACACAGUAUCCUGUUGCCUCGAAAAUUGUGAAUUCAGACUUUUAUAUGGACGAUGUAUUAACUGGUUUUGAUAAUGUGAGCGAUGCGAUAAAUGCACAAAAAGAGUUAGCAGAAAUGUUAUUGAAAGGAAAAUUUGAAUUACAAAAAAUAUCUUCAAAUAGUCAAGAAUUUAUGAAUUCAAUAGAUCCUGAGAAAAGAGUGAAUAGUAUUGUAUUAGAUAUAAAUCAUAAAGAGACUGUGAAGACUUUGGGUAUUAUGUGGGAGACAAAUGAGGACAGUUUAAAAAUAGCACCUACUUAUAUGAAAAGCGAAAAUACUAAUUUACUUACUAAGAGAAAUAUAUUGCGCCAGAUAGCUUCUUUAUUCGAUCCUAUGGGUUGGUUAUCACCUGCCAUAAUUAAAGCAAAGAUAUUUAUGCAAAAGCUCUGGCUAAAACCAGUAGAUUGGGAUAAAGAACUGUCGAAUGAUCUGAAAGAAGAAUGGAAUAAAUAUAAAAAUGAUUUACCUGUACUGUCCGAAAUCAAGAUUCCUAGAUGGAAUGAACGUCCUAGUGAUGUGGACGUGGAGUUACAUGGAUUUGCAGACGCCUCGCAAUCAGCAUAUGCGGCCGUAGUUUAUACUAGAGUAUUGAGUAAUAAUAAAAAUCCCUGCCAAACAACGUUGAUCAUGGCAAGAACUAAAGUUGCGCCUGUAAAACAAAUAUCUUUACCGCGCUUGGAACUAUGUGCAGCAGCAUUGUUAAGUAAAUUACUUAAACAUGUUAUGAGAAUACUUUCCAUUGAUACCAGUAAAACAUUUGCUUGGUCUGACUGCAAAGUAACAUUGGCCUGGAUAAAAGGCGAUCCAAAUAAAUGGACACCAUUUGUUAAAAAUAGAGUUAUAGAAAUUAGAAACAAUUUGAAUAUUCAGUGGUUGUACAUUAAUACAAAAGAGAACCCCGCUGAUCCAGCAUCACGAGGAUUAUUACCCAGUGUACUAAAAGAGAGUCAUUUAUGGUGGCAAGGUCCAGAAUUUCUGCAAAUGUCUAAUUUUAUGUUACCAAAAGAUAUAAUUCCUGAAACAGAGUUGGAAAAAAGAGUUCAGAUUAAAUGUAUAAUACGACAGUUAUAA